AUGCACAUCAAGCAGGUCGUAGUGUGCGGAUUUCGCAGCUACAAGGACCAAGUGACGGUAGAACCCUUUAGCAACAAACACAAUGUGGUGAUCGGGCGCAAUGGCACGGGAAAGUCCAACUUCUUUGAUGCCAUCCGUUUCGGACUACUCACGACCCGUUUUGCCAAUUUGCGUUCUGACGAACGUCAGGCGUUGCUACACGAGGGAUCUGGUAAGCAUGUCAUGUCGGCGUAUGUUGAAAUAAUUUUUGACAAUAGCGAUGGUCGUCUACCCGUUGAUGACUCGGAGGUGACUCUGAGACGCACAAUUGGCGUCAAGAAGGACGAGUUUUUCCUUAAUCGUAAACACAUCACCAAGAGCGACGUGGUUCAUUUACUUGAAAGUGCAGGUUUCUCACGUUCGAAUCCCUACUACAUUGUUCAACAAGGGAAGGUCAACUCGUUGGCAGUAAUGCGUGAGCGAGAACGACUUGAGUUGCUAAAGGAGGUAGCAGGCACUAAAGUGUACGAGGACCAGCGAGUCAAGUCCCUUAAAAUUCUGUCAGAGACACAGACACAGCGUGAUAAAAUUAAAGAAGUUGUAAGCUAUAUUGAAGAGAGAUUGGCGGAGCUUGAGGAGGAGAAGGAGGAACUAAAAGAAUAUCAACAACUGGAUAGAGAGCAGCGAGCGCUAGAGUACACGAUGCACGAGAAAGAGCUGCAGAAAGCGCAAGAAGAGAUCGAAGUGUUACAGAAACAGAGGCAGGAAGAGAGCGCGCGGUCGACGGAUCUGCAUGAAAAGCUCAUGCACACUCGAACUGAGAUGAGUCGGAUUAAUGAUGACCAUCAAAGAAAAGUACAAGACUUGAACCAACUUGUCGAAGAACGAAAGAUUCGUGAGGAUGAGCGGAAAGGACUGAUGGAAGUGAGAUACAAGCUUGAGAUGAAGGUAGAAGAGCUGAGAGAACAAAUUCGGUCUGACGGUAUGCUGCGUUCAGCGGUUUCUAAAGAAUUCGAAGUGGUCAAGCGCGAAAUCGAAGCAAAGCGAGCUCAGCUGACGAAUGAGAUUCUUCCGGCAUUACUAAAGGCAGAGCAAUUGCACGAUCAAGUGAUACGAAGUCUCCAGGAGUGCCAAGCACAGCAGGAGCAUCUGAUUGCCAAGCAAAGUCGCAAAAGUCAGUUUCACACGCAGCAACAGCGCGAUGACUAUCUACAGCGUGAGAUCAGUGACAUUGAGAGUCUCGUACGUCGGAAAGAAGCUGAUACGGCAUCAAUAAAGCACGCAAUGGAGGGCUUGGCCAAGUCUAUAGAAGAUUCGGAGCGAACGCUUGAGCAACAAAUGCAAGAGCUACGAAAUCACCGUCAGAAAAUGGACGCAGUGGGAGCCGAAUUGUUGCGACUUAAGGAGCAGCGCAACAUUUUAAAUGAAGAGCGAAAGGAAAAGUGGCGCGAAGAAAAUCAAAUUUCUUAUGAUCUACGCGCGUUAAAAAAAACGGUGAGCGAUGGUGAAAACGCGUUGCAGAGCACUAUGGCAUACGAUGUUCGCCAUGGUCUACAGGCAGUUCAGGAGAUGCGUGGCCGGAUUCGAGGAAUUUUUGGUCCGCUGAUCGAUCUUGUAAAACCUGUUGACGAGCGCUACUGUAUCGCAGCAGAUGAGGCUGCUGGUGGUGCACUUUUCCAUGUAGUUGUUGACACAGAUGAAACGGCUGCACGAAUAAUGCGGGAACUUGAGAAGAAGAACCUUGGUCGACUUACCUUUUUACCUCUUAAUCGCUUGAAGUUAAAGGAUAAAUUUGAUUAUCCGCGUAAUGAUGACGUUGUUGCGCUAGUAGAGAAACUAGAAUACCCGGCCGAGGUUCACAAAGGUGUGAUGGCCGCUUUUGGUAAAAAGUUAUUGUGCCGGGAUCUUGACACUUGCGUUCGGUAUGCUGAGCAGACAAAUAUGGACUGUUUAACGUUAGACGGUGAUAUGGUGCAUCGUCGUGGUGCUCUUAAUGGUGGCUAUAAAGACCCUCGUCAUUCUCGUACCCGAGCGAUGAUGGAACUAAAGCAGGCGCAAGUCGAUCUGGAAAGAGUUAUGAAUAGAGCUCAAAAAGUGACAACAGAGGCUCAGCAAGCAGAUCAACGGGUGACCAAGAUGGUAAGCGAUUGCCAAAAAUUUGAGGCUGAAAAACAAUGGGCCAUCUCUUUUCAUGAGCGCUUAUUUGAUGAAAUAAAUCGACGCAAGAACCAAGUUCGCACUGACAAAGAAAAUUUAAUCCAGAGGGAACGAAGUUGCGAGAUUCAGGAGCAAGACGUGAAAAAUUUAGUGGCGAAAAUCACGUCGCUUCGUUCAGAGCUUCUCACUCCGAUGCAAGACACCUUGACAGCCGAAGAGCAUCGAGAUUUGCACUCUCUUUCAGCCAAAAUUUCGAAACUGGAGGCUGAAGAACGAGAUCAGCGGCAGCAUUUGGAAGAAAUUCGCUCACAAAACGAAAGCAUCAAAACCAUCUUAGAGGAAAACCUGAUUCGACGUGAAAGUGAACUGGCGUGCCAUCUCGGAGAAGGGGGCGAAAUAUUGACAAUUAAUGAACGAGAGGAAACUUUCAAAGCCAAGCAAAUAGAUUUAAUUGAUGCUUCGCGCUUGGUGGAUGACAACACGUCGUCACUGAAAGAUCUUGAGCAAAAGAUAGAGGCAUUACAGCAGGAUAUCAUCAAUGAAACAUUAGUGAUUGACUCUUUAAAAGCAGACGAUGUGACCUUAAGUGAACAGAUUCAGCAGGAAGCUCGGCGAACUGAAAAGAUCUUGAAUAAGCGCAGUCGCUUGCUGAAAAAGUGUGAAGAUGCAACGCGAGGUAUCCGCGAGCUAGGAACGCUAUCUAGUUUGGAGUUUGAGAAAUUCAAGGCAUUACCUAUAUCAGACGUGAUUAAUGAGUUCAAGCAACGAACCGAAAAACUAAAGAAGUACAGUCACGUAAACAAAAAGGCUCUAGAUCAAUUUUUGAAUUUUAACGAGCAGCGCGCGGCGCUUUUGGAACGAAAAAAGGAGAUUGACGAUGCUUACAAGUCGAUCGAGGACCUUAUCGACGUCUUGGAUAAGCGAAAGGAUGAAGCUAUAUUUCGUACGUUUAAAGGCGUGGCGAGCUUCUUUUCGGAAGUAUUUCGCGAGCUAGUGCCGACAGGAGAAGGCAAGAUGGUCAUGAUAAGUGCUGAUACUAGCCAGGCUGGCAUCACAAACGGGGGUGAUUCUUCGUUUAAGUCGAAUGUUGACACGUACUUAGGAGUCCAAAUCAAGGUAAAUUUCCGCGGAGAGGGUGACUCGUAUCUAAUGCAGCAGCUCUCCGGAGGUCAAAAGGCCUUAGUGGCCCUCGCUUUUAUUUUCGCCAUCCAGCGAGUCGAUCCCGCUCCCUUUUACUUAUUUGACGAGAUAGAUCAAGCGUUAGAUUCCACUCACCGAGCUGCUGUCGCGGCUUUAAUUCACCGCCAAGCACAUUCAAAGGAUAGUCCGGCACAGUUUAUCACGUCAACAUUUCGUCCCGAACUGGUAAACAUUGCUGACAAGUUUUAUGGAAUAGGCCAUCAAAACAAGAUUAGCAACGUCUAUUCGAUGACAAAAAGAGAAUCUCUCGAUUUUAUUUCGAAUAUCAUGACGGAAGAGGAGGGUGUGGUGGAGUCGUAA